ACAGUUUUGUCGUCCGGUAAAUGUCAAUUGUGCGGAUUUUUCAACAAAAAUUUUAGGCAAAUCUCGUUUUUGCACGAUUAUUGAUGUUUAUUGGGUUCGAACGUGUUUCACAGCAUACUCCAUUUGUCAUCGAGCAGAUUCAAGCUUGGCCCGCUUUUGAUAUUUUUGCGUCGAAGCUCCGCAAGUGAACGAAAUGACUUCGUCUCCGCCAAAUACGGAUGUGCGAAAUGGAAAUUUCAUUUGCGGUGUAGUCGAAGGAUUUUACGGUCGUCCGUGGACAACCGAGCAGCGCAAGGACUUGUUCAGGAAGUUGAAAAAAUGGGGAAUGGACUCAUAUGUUUAUGCGCCCAAAGAUGACUACAAGCACCGGGCCUACUGGCGAGAGUUGUACACAGUGGAGGAAGCCGAUCACUUGACAAGUUUAAUCACGGCUGCUAAAGAACAAGGAAUCGUUUUCUAUUAUGCGCUAUCACCAGGCUUAGAUAUGACCUACAGCAACCAAAAGGAGAUAACUGCUUUGAAGAGAAAACUGGAACAAGUGUCACAAUUUGGUUGUGAAGCUUUCGCAUUACUUUUUGAUGACAUCGAAUCGGAGCUCAGCAAAUCGGAUAAGGAAGCAUUCCAGACUUUUGCAAACGCCCAAGUUUCUGUCACAAAUGAGAUUUACAACCACCUAAAUGGCCCCCGUUUCCUCUUUUGUCCAACGCAAUACUGUAGUUCACGUGCUGUGCCAUCCGUAACGCAUUCCGAAUAUUUGAAUACGCUUGGAUCAAAACUUUGUCCAGAAAUUGAUAUAAUGUGGACAGGAUCAAAAGUUAUCUCUAAAACGCUUAGUGUAGAAUCGAUACAGGAAAUUACUGAGAUACUUCGACGACCGCCUGUCAUAUGGGACAAUUUACAUGCAAACGAUUACGACCAAAAGAGAGUAUUUUUAGGUCCGUAUUCAGGGCGCUCACCAGAAUUGAUUCCUUUGUUACGUGGUGUUUUAACAAAUCCAAACUGUGAAUUUUACGCAAAUACUGUGGCAAUUUACACGUUGGCGUAUUGGUCCAAAUGUAGUCUAGAUACGAAAGUUAAUAAUAGCAUAUCAGCGGAUAUAAAACUAGAAACGGAGAAUGAUGAUGGCAUAAGCAAUGAGGACGCGCCAGUUUCUUUAUCGAAAAAUAUAUAUCACCCUCGAGUUGCUUUGAAAAAUGCUAUAAUGGAGUGGUUGCCCGAGUUUUUCAUUGAGAAGGAAGCCUGGGGUCCAAUUUCAAAGCCACAACCGCCUCUAACAAUGGUGAUGCCAAUUAUCCCAAUUUUGCCUUCAGUUAACACAUGCAUGAGCUUAACAACGACCACAACAACCACUUCAAGUUCGGCUUGCGCAAAGAUACCGGAGGUCAAUACAAACCAACUACAAGCAUUGGCCGAUGUUUGCAGUACAGUGACAGCAACGAACGUUACCCCGAUCCCGAACGCAAUAAUGAAUUCUUUGGUGUCGCCUACGAAAGUCGUAACUAAUGAUUCCCUGCCGAAUCCCAUUGUUACAUCAGUUUCAAAUUUUGAAAUUCCCAGUAAGAUACCGAUAUCAAGCAUACCGAUUCCAAUUAUGAAUAUAAAAAAUGAGGACAGUGUCGAUAGCAUAGUUGAUGAGAAAAGUGAAGAUGCUGAUGCAACUUCUUUGAAAAAUAGUGAACAUAACGAGCAAACCAUGCAUGAACACUCCAUAAAGAAUGCGACGAUUGAAGAAGAUGUAACAAUAACAGAAGCGGAAGCGAAUAAUUUAAACAAUGGAGAGCCUUCCGUCGAAAUCAAAUCUAUCCAAGAAAACGUUUCAAUGACUGACGGUGUUUCUUUGCCAAGUAGUCCAACGGAGCCGAUGGAAUGUGGAAGUAGUUUAGCUUCUCAGUCUUCACCUAAACCAAUGGCAAAGAGUCCUUCAGAUGAUGUAGUUAUGUCGGAGACAGUUUCGACUUCAUCGGGUAGCAUGCAAGUAGAGGGUUCGGAUACUUCGUUAACAUCGAGUGCGGAUAUGAAUGAGGAUUUUGAAAAAAGUUCCAACGAGAAAGCAAUUACAGUAGAAGAUUUAUAUCUUUUAUGUGAUCUAUUCUAUCUACCCUUUGAACACGGGAGUCGUGGUUUACAAUUGCUCAAUGAAUUCAAUUGGCUGAAGAUGAAUGCUUGCAUUCUACUCCACUCUGGUAGAAAACCAGACAAUUCAAAACCAGAGGUGCAAGAAUGGUUGCGACGUGCAGACAAGUUUUCUACCCUCUGCCAGAGUGUUCUGGUACUUUCGCGUAAGAUUGCAUGCUGCACUAAUAGAGAGCUUGUGUACGAUCUAUUCUCGUAUGUAUGGGACAUAGCAGGUGUGAUAUCUUUAUUAAAUGCAUUCGUGAAGUGGCUUUCUUUGGGAACAUUUCCCGUUAAUAUCAAUUCGUAUACUCAAGGUAGCUAUACAUGGUUCAGUAAAGGUUGGCGAGAGAUGUUCAUGUCAGGUGACCAGGAACCGUGGAUUUUUCGUGGGGGUUUGACAUCCGAUUUACAGCGAUUAAUUCCAGUCGACUCGGGAAAUGAUUUGUUCAUCUAUAAAUUACCUGAUAUUCCCACGCCAAACUAUUAUCUGAUUCGUCCUUAUAGUAACGCAGAUGAAGACGAAAUUUAUAGAGUUUGCCAGAAAAAGUCUUGUGAUGAAUCUAUUUCUACCGAAUUAUAUCCAGAAAAUAUACGAAAUAUUACUGCCGAUCACUUAGUGGGCCCGUUCGUGACCAUUAACCCCGAGCUAUGUAUGGUUGUGCAAAAUGCCAGCAAUGUAAUGGUGGGUUACGCGUGUGCUGCAUUAGACGCUCGAAUCUUCUACCGCAACCAGGAAAUGUGUUGGGUGCCCGCAAUGUGCGAAAAGUAUCCUCUAUCUCUGAUGGACUCUGAUGAUCUACCGACAACCGCUAAAAAAUCUAUACAAAAUUUCCACCAUUUCAACUAUGAUUGCCCAAGUGAAGUACUUAAUACGCACCCGUCAAUAAUGACAUGUUUCGUUUUGGAUGAAGAAAUGGCCACAGAUCAAUCGGUUGGGAAGCGUUUGGUGAUCGUUCUACUAGCGGCAUUGCGUUCGAACGGAUCGUUUGGUGUCCACGUGUGCAUUAAUCAGUCGGAUAGCCACCUCUUUCAAUUUUAUUCGAAAAUGGGGUUUUCGGAAAUCUAUCGCGAUUCUGGAAAUUCGCGUAUUUAUUUAGGUCGUAACUUUUAGCACAGGUAGAAACAUAUUUAGAUUGUAAGCCUAAGAUAUAAUGAUCAUAAACCUAUGUGUAAACGCGCAUACAAAAUAAAUAAUAAGAAGUGAAAAGAAACUACGUGAGACUGUCUUCAUCAUAUGCUGUGUUAUGUUUAAAAAUCUGUACUUUGCAGAUGCUGCUCUGUAUUGCUUGAUUAAUUUUUUACGUGUAUUAUUUCAAAAGCGAUUGGUUUUCACUCUUUCUAUUAUAAGGCAACUUUAAAUUAAUUUCGAUUUCGAAUUGACCAAUCAUACCUUUUAACUUUAAUAUGAAAAACUAGGAAUAUUAGCGAACUUCAGAAUAGACACAGUGAAAGGUAGAUACGGCAGAGAGUUGAUCGUCUUGGGAUUCGUUGAUACUUGAAGGACAAACAAUUUUGAAUGAAUGAUUUUUUUCUUUGUUUGGUUUAACGGUACGUUGGAGAGUAGGAUAUGCUUUAAACUUUAAUGUAGAAUUCUCAAUCAGGCUGUCUGUCGUCGAAUUUAGUGUCUUUAUUUUUAAUUAACAAAAAUAUGAGCAAAAAGAAAUACGUGAAUAACAACUGUGUCGUGUCGUUUCGAUCUUUGUUAAUUCUCUAAUACCAGCCAGAAUGUAACAAAUAUAUUAUUCUGAAAAAGAAAA